AUGAUUAAAGUUUUUUGCACCAACGAGAAUGGCGAAAGCUGCACUAUUGCGAUUGAUCCACAGUCGUCCGUGGAGGACGUGGCGGCGAUUAUUGAGGUGGAGCUUGGGGUACCCAUGCUGGAGCAAGUGCUUGUCACAGCCGACGGCACAACGCUCCAAAGCGACAAGACACUUGAGUCUCAGGGCAUCCGUGAUGACACUAGCAUCGUGGUGAUACAUACCGCCAAAGACUACAGGGCUGCACAGACUCAAAAAGAGGGUGCUGAGGAAGAGGGGCUCUCGGUAGAAGCACGGCCUCCGCCGGAUCGUGAAACGCACGUCUCACGACGGCAAGGCGUAGGGGAGGAGCACAAUGUACAACACAGAGACCCAUUUUUGCGUCAAGAGAGACCGAGGCAGCAGCAGGCAGGAAUUGAAGCUGCGCGUGCGUAUAUGUCAGAGGGAACACAAAGAGGGCAUGUCGGCACGUCGAGGCCUCAGCGCGGAGUACCACAAUCAACAGACCACGCGCGCGCGCGCAUCGAGCAGUUGUUCAAUCAGGGAGCGGAGCGGUUUUCGGGGCAGACUUCGUUGCAGGAGUCCGAUCCGGAAGUACAGCGCCGCAUUUAUGAGUCUAUUUAUUGGGAGAACGUGAAUGAAAAUCUUGAAAGCGCGUAUGAGUUUAUGCCGGAGCUCUUUGUGCGGGUCCCAAUGCUAUUUGUAAACUGUGAGGUGAAUAAGGUGAUGGUCAAGGCCUUUAUUGACUCGGGUGCGCAGAGGUCUAUCAUGAACCUUCGCACGGCGGAAAAGUGUGGGCUAAUGCGACUGCUCGACACUCGUGCGAAGGGAAUUAUGCGAGGCGUGGGUGUGCGGCGGACGCUUGGUGUCGUCCACAUGGCCAUGGUCAAUCUUGGUGGCCUUCACAUUCCUCUUUCUCUCAGUAUCAUUGAUGACGACAAGAUGGAGUUUAUUAUUGGUUUGGACCAAAUGAAGCUGCACCGCAUGAUUAUCGACUUGAGGGAAAACUGCCUGAGGAUUGCUGACACCCGGAUCCCGUUCCUUCCGGAUUCCGAGGUGCCGGAGUUGGCCACUGGGGAUGAGGUUGUGGAUGAGGAAUUUGAGGCAAAGGAAGACGCGAAAGGCCAGCAGCGCGGAUCCGCCAGGCCUCCGGAAGCGUCAUCGAAUACCGCCGAGGAAGAUGAAAGGGGAGGCCAAUGGGGGCGACAAGCAAAGAAAGAGAGGGAGGCGAGAAAUUCUGUGGCAUCCACCACCAACGUUAGUGGCGCGGUAAGUGCACCGGCGCAGGACUUCGGGACUAACCGCGGUAACGCCAACGUGAAUAAAGAGAGGUCUAUUGCGGAGGUGAUGGCGUAUACACGGAUGGAUCGAGAGGGGGCUGUCGCACUCCUGGAGGCGGCCGACUGGAACGCAGACUUGGCCGUGUCAAUCUUUCUUGGUGAGUGA